CAGCUCGUGGAUCCCACCCCAAGACCUCGGCUUGCCGCCCGAGGAACUACAUUUCCCAGCGGGCGCCGGAGCAGGAACCACAGCUGGGGCACGAUUGGCCCGCAGCCUCAACUCCGUAGUGGCUGCGGGUCGGCGGAGAAGGGUGCGGGGAGCGGGUACGUGGGAGGAGGACGGCACGCGGGGUGUGUACCGCAGACCGAAGAGAGGAUGAGAUUUAGGGGCCGUGGAGAAAAAGGGAGCCAGAGUGUACCGAGGACAGGCAGCAGGGUUGGAAUCCUCUCGGGUGCCGGGUCCUGGACGGCGGGAAGCUGCGGGGACCUGGCUCCAGCCCAGACCGACCUCGAGGCACGUGCCUCCUCUCCUGCCUGUCUUCGCUCCGCUCCGCUCCGUCCUAAACUCGUCCUAACUGCCUGCUGAGCCUCUGAGCGUUAAUUUCCCCAGAUCCCCAGGUGGGGUCGGGCUCAUUCCCUCGGCGAUUGUGGCAACAGAUAAGGGCCUGCCCACUCCUGGCACAGAAUGCCCGAGGGCCCUGAGCUGCACUUGGCCAGCCACUUCGUGAAUGAGGCAUGCCGGGGGCUGGUGUUUGGCGGGGCUGUGGAGAAGUCGCCUGUCAGCCGCAACCCUGAGGUGCCCUUUGAGAGCAGUGCCUACUGUAUCUCAGCCUCAGCCCGGGGCAAGGAGCUUCGCCUGACACUGAGCCCCCUGCCUGGGGCCCAGCCCUCACGGGAGGCAAUGGCCCUCAUCUUCCGCUUUGGUAUGUCUGGGUCCUUCCAGCUGGCACCCAGCAAUGCGCUACCACCCCACGCCCAUCUGCGCUUUUACACAGCUCCUCCUGGCCCCAGACUGGCCCUCUGCUUUGUGGACAUCCGCCGCUUUGGGCACUGGGACCUCGGGGGCAAGUGGCAGCCAGGCCGUGGGCCAUGUGUCUUGCUGGAGUAUGAGCAGUUCAGGGAGAAUGUAUUACGAAACCUAGAGGACAAGGUCUUUGACCGGCCCAUAUGUGAGGCCCUCUUGGACCAGAGGUUCUUCAAUGGCAUUGGCAACUAUCUGCGUGCAGAGAUUCUAUACAGGCUGAAGAUACCCCCCUUUGAGAAGGCCCGCACUGUUCUAGAGGCGUUGAAGCAGCACAGGCCGAGCCCAGAGCUGACCCUGAGCCAGAAGAUCAAGGCGAAGCUGCAGAACCCAGAUCUGCUGGAGCUGUGCCAUUCAGUGCCCAAGGAAGUGGUCCAGCUGGGGGGCAAGGGCUACGGACAGGAGAGUGGGGAGGAUGACUUUGCAGCCUUUCGAGCUUGGCUGCAGUGCUAUGGCAUGGCGGGCAUGAGCUCCCUACGGGACCGGCACGGCCGCACCAUCUGGUUCCAGGGGUCAAGUCCCGUAAGAAGAAAUCCAAGGGAUCACAGCCAGGUCCUGAGGACAGAAUGGAGGACCCUCCACCCCAGAGCAAGGCUCCUUCCAGGGCACAAAAGGCACGAAGAGGACGAAGAGGACUUCCUAAGCAAACUACAGCCCAUCAACCUGAGGGGACCAGUCUCCAACAGGACCAAAAAGUCCCCCCAGUCACUGGGAAAGGAAAGAAAACAGGGCGACGGGCAAACUCAGGUCGCUGCAGACUUCAAAAGAUCAAGAGUGACACCCCAUCUUUGGAGCCUGAGAGGACUUCAGCCUCUUAGCUGCAUAUAUACCUUCCCGCUGCCUUGCCCUGGACCAAGGGGACCUGUGUGGCUUCCUAGAGGCAGGGAGUAGUUGCAGGGGCCUGGAUGCCUGUGUCCUGUGUUUGUUCCCUACACAACUAUGAUUUUAAAAUUUAAUUCCCACUGUCCCCAUUUUUUAAGCUCAUGUAAAAAAUGCUGUAUUUUAAAAUAUAUAUGAAUUGAUAAA